GCAAUCCUGCUAAUAAAAGCCCAUUGACGACGAGGAGACUGGGAAUAUGGACACCUGCGACGAGUUUCUAACAAAAAUGACAAUCAGCUCUGAUGUAUCCCCACUUUUGUAGUUUAGCGCAUAGAAAAGAAUACAAAUCGCAAAGCAGCCAUGAUAUUUGUGCUGUGGCCGCUGCUGAUUCACGGCAGCGGGUGGCGGGGGGUCGCGCCGAGCCCGACCGACGAGGGAGCACUGCGGGCCGGCCACGGGGAGCACGGAGAGCCGGGCCACCGGGAGCACCACAAGGACUCGUACAGCACCUUCGCCUCCGAGUUCUUCGAGUCCAGAUAUCUGUCUGAUGACGGUUAUCCUUUUCCCACCGCCCCACCAGUGGACCCCUUUGCCAGAAUCAAAGUCAGCGACUGUGGUGUGACCAAAGGAUGCAUCAGGUAUGGAAAGCCCGGGUGCGAUGCGGAGACAUGUGACUACUUCUUGAGUUACCGUCGCAUCGGGACAGAUGUGGAGUACGAGAUGAGCGCCGACACUGACGGCUGGGUUGCCGUCGGCUUCUCCUCUGACAAAAAAAUGGGAGGCGACGAUGUCAUGGGCUGCGUCCACGACGACAACGGCCGCGUGCGUAUCCAUCACUUCUACAACGUAGGCCAGUGGGCGAAGGAGAUCAAGAGGAACCCGGCGAGGGACGAGGAGGGCAUCUUCGAGAACAACCGCGUGACCUGUCGUUUCAAGCGGCCGCUCUACGUGCCGCGAGAGGAGACGCUCGUGGACCUCCACCUGUCGUGGUACUACCUGUUUGCUUGGGGGCCCGCCAUACAAGGCUCCAUCACGAGACACGACAUCGACAGUCCUCCGGUGAGCGAGCGCAUGGUCAGUAUUUACAAAUACGAGGACAUCUUCAUGCCUUCCACAGCCUACCAGACCUUCAACUCACCCCUCUGCCUACUGCUCAUAGUAGCCCUCACCUUCUACUUGCUGAUGGGAACACCGUGAAAACGGGAGUCGGGUGGAGAAGUUGUAGCAGCAAUAAAACAAGUUGUCAUUUCUUUGUGUGCCCCGCACAGACACGCUGUAUUAGAAUUUUUAAACAAAAUAUAUCUACGUACGCUAACAGGACAGUUAUAUUCGGUUACUAAGAGGACCGUGCACGCCAGUAGAUGAAAUCACAGCAUGCGCUCAGAAAUUAUCGCCGAGAGGAGCAUAAAAAGAGCAGAUGGCAAAUAUUUGCUGGCUCCUGAUUAACUUGGCUCCAGGACAUUAAGCAACCAAUAACAGCCUGCAUCCUUUUUUUUUAAAUUUUUACUUGAUCGCUCCUCUUUUUUGGUCUGCCUCAUGUAUGAAUGUCACCGAAGAAAUUAUGUGACAAAAUGUUCGGAGCGACUUAUUCGCACCCCCGUUUAUGGCACUUUGCCUUUGUAUGCACAUCUGACUGUUUCAUAUUUUUCACUUGAUUUUAUUCACCCAUUGGGUUUGUGCAACGGUAUGGUGUUUUAAAAUGUGAGUCUGAUAGAUGACAUGCUAAUUGCAAUAACUUACGACUAUGUUUUUAAAAUGCCUAAAUGGCUGGAUAUGCUCAAUAAAAGAAAAAAAACUAUUACAAUUCAUUAUUUUGUAUACAUUAUGCAAUUUUAAUCACUAAAGGGGAUUUGAUUUUUAGGGAUUAAAAUAGUAUGGUAAAUAAAUAUUGCAUUAUACAUCAAUACACUGUACUAUAUAUAGUACGA